UUCCUCUAGGAAGUGGAAUCGGAGAUGUCAGCGUUGCUGUUGCUAGCGUCGGCUCGGCUGCGGGAAUCAGAGGGCGUCCUACACACGAUACAAACAAACGAGAUGAAACGCCACGAAAAUAAAUAAAGCCUUCAAGCUGCCAGGAACUGAUUUAUUCUCCCAGCUGAGGUCUGACCACAUCACUGUGACUUCACCUCUUUGCAUUUGCAGACCUUAGAACAAGUCCAAGGCUAACUUGAACAUACAAUAUCUGUUGCUACAGCACCUUUGGCAUCAGGAGGAAUAUUUAGAAUAAUCAUGAACAACCACGAGACAGACGUGCACACCAUCUCUCCAGAGUUGCCGGCCAUGUUUGAUGGCAUGAAGCUGGCUGCAGUGGCCACAGUGCUCUACAUCAUUGUCCGCUGCUUGAACCUCAAAAGCCCCACUGCGCCGCCGGACCUCACCUACCAGGACACGCCCCUCAACCGCUUCCUUCUCAAGUCCUGUCCUCAGCUGACCAAAGAGUACAUUCCUCCCUUACUGUGGGGUAAGAGCGGUCACCUCCAAACGGCACUGUAUGGUAAACUUGGCCGGGUGAGCUCCCCUCACCCCAGUGGAAUCAGGAAGUACUUACCCAUGCAGGAUGGGGCCACCGCGACCUUUGACCUUUUUGAGCCAUUAGGAGACCAUCGAACGGGAGAUGACAUCACCAUGGUGAUAUGCCCCGGUAUUGGUAACCAUAGUGAGAAGCAUUACAUCCGAACCUUUGUGGAUUACGCCCAGAAAGACGGUUACCGCUGUGCUGUGCUGAACCACCUGGGAGCACUUCCCAACAUCGAGCUCACCUCCCCACGAAUGUUCACUUAUGGGUGCACAUGGGAGUUUGCAGCCAUGGUUGGUUACAUUAAGCGGGCAUAUCCUCAGACCCAGCUGAUUGUGGUUGGCUUCAGUCUGGGUGGAAACAUUGUGUGUAAGUUCUUGGGUGAGAACAGGACGAACCAGGAGCGAGUGCUGUGUUGCGUCAGCGUCUGUCAGGGGUACAGCGCUCUCAGGGCCCAGGAAACAUUCCUGCAGUGGGAUCAGUUCAGACGCUUCUAUAACUUUCUCAUGGCUGACAACAUGAAGAAAAUCAUCCUCUCACACAGGCACAGUCUAUUUGGAGGAAGCUCAGUGAAAAUGAUAGAUGCAGAUCUUAGUCGGCUAUACACAGCAACUUCCCUCAUGCAGAUCGACGACAACAUCAUGAGAAAAUUCCACGGCCACAGCUCUCUCAAAGAGUACUAUGAGAAGGAGAGUUGUGUUCAUUAUAUUCACAAUGUAAAUGUGCCACUGCUGUUAGUGAACUCUGCAGAUGAUCCUCUGGUCCAUGACUCACUGCUCACCAUCCCUCGCACACUAUCAGCAAAGAAGCCGAAUGUGAUCUUUGCCCUGACGCUACAUGGAGGCCACCUGGGCUUCUUCGAAGGCGCAGUGCUCUUCCCCCAGCCGCUCACCUGGAUGGACAAAGUGAUUGUGGGUUACGCCAACGCCAUGUGCCAGUGGGAGAAGCAGAAACCGCCGUGCCAAAGUGGCCACCUGAGUGAGAGCUCCUGCACAGAGGAAAAAGCUUAAACCUCUGACCUCUGUAUCUCUCUCACUCUUUCUCUCCCCUCACCCUCUCACCUUCUCUCCAACACUUCUGUCCCAGCACUGAGGAGACACCUGAACUGAACCUUAAACUACUCUCUCUUCUCUGCCUCCUCCUCCGGUGCUACUCACCACCACCGACCCCACACCUCUCCUCGCCUUCACCACAAGUUCCCCUUUGUUAUCACCAUCACCUUACAGUAUGUGAAGAAACAAAAACAACUAACUGCCUUUGUGCUCGUUUCCUUUGCGAGAACUUUGAGCAGGAGCAGGAAACAUUUUGUUUCUUUACCUGUACACAACAAUGAUCCUUGGCUAUUUGAGGCAUUGACCAAAUAAUGAUGAGAGAAGUUAAACUGGCAUUAAACGGAAAGUGAAAGCACCACUUGAGAGUAGUCCAGUGAAAAACAAGAGCACACAAGAAGCCUCCUAUUAAAAUAAACAAGGACUGUGUUGCAGAAGGUGCCCAUUUAUUGCACCUGCAAGAAGCUCACUGCUUAUCACCGCCAAGGCCAUAUAGCCUAGUCUGCUGUCUAAACCAACACAGCGUCUUUGUAGUACGUAUUUAUGUACGUAAAUCACAGAAAUAGUUCGUAUGUCUGUGUGCGCCUGUGUAGACCGAGAGUUAAAGAUUUAUGACGGAGCGUAUGAUCUUUGUGUUUGGUUGGUGUGAUCCAAAUUCUUUGUUCAUGGUCUGUUGGUCCUUUAUAAUGUCUGUUGUUUUGGGUGAACUGUUGCUUGUAGAAAAUGUUCAGUAGAAAAAGUAUUAAGGUGGGAUUUUACACAUUAUUUCCAGCUUAUAACAUCCUCCUGUUCAGUGCUUACCAGACAUGACCAGGGAUCAAGCCCACGUGGGAUUCAUACACAGUCCCUUGGUCGCAUUCUAUCACUUUGAUUCAAUGCACUUUAAACCCUGUAUGCCACAAUCUUUAAUUUCCUUUUUUGAGUCAUUAAUUGAGGCACAGGUAUAGAGAUUUUUGAUUUAGUUUAACUCUGCUUGUGACAGAGAGGAGGAACUGGAGGGAGCGAGGAUGAUAACGAGAAGUUAGAUGACUCAAAUGUUCCCUGUGUUGUCUUGCUGUGGGUGUCUUUUAGCCCUCUUACUCUGUCGUCUGCCUUUGAUCAGCUGCAGGUCCAGCCAAGACUCUGAUAUUCUUCUCUUACUGCACAGACGCAAACCUACUGCCACUGCACUGAGGCUUUACUCAACUUCCAGCAGAUGAUCCUGUGGUUUUGAAAUUUCGAAAAUGCAGUCUAUUGAUUGGCCAGUGUGGUGCUAUCAAAGGGAAAGUUCAGCAGCGUGAAGCAAAUUUUUUUUUUUUUUUUUUUUUGUCUUUUAUAAUCUGAGCUGUGAGGUGUGAUGAGUAGGAGGGCUGAGGAUGGCAACGCCAAAGCAAAUUUUUAUUUUAAUGAAUUGUUUGUAAAAUACUAGUGAUUGUUAUGUUGUAUAAUUAGAUGGAGAACACUGCAUGCAAGAAAGAAGAGAGAUUUUAAUGCAAGGGAAUAUUUUUGUUUCAAAGCGUUUCCUGUUUUCUUGACUGGGCUGAGACUGCAAGACUGCAGCUUUGACUUGAAACUCUUGUAAACAGCUAAAAUUGAUCACAAUCCUGUUUUGAUAAAAUCUUCCUGCAGUACUGGGACCUGUGGAUUCAUUGCAAACUGUGCUGAAAGGGCUUAGGAAUCUUCUUCCAAGGCAAAGUCCAGCCAAGUAAAUCUGUAAUUUAAAAGCUGCAACUGAACACUGUGAUGAGACAGAUGGGUGGUUUGAGAUGACAAAGGGAGACACAGUGAUUGACAACAGUGCUUCUUGUAAGGAUGAUUGAGAACCGUCUAUUCCAGUUGCAGGAAGUUGGCAUAUCAGGGCAGUUCACAUAACAGUGCACACUGUCAGUCAUAGAGGUGUGUAGAAUAUCUAAAAACAAUCGAAUCCCAAGAAUCGAAACCCUUUUAUGAAUUUUGUUUACACUGAAAUAUGUUGCCUCUGACUCUGCAUACAAAACAUGAGGAACUGGAAUUAAGUCUUCACAGUUCACAACUGGCAACAUUACGGUUGAAAAAUAAUUAUCCUGAGUUGGGUUGAGACUACUUUUGUCAGAGGAAUAACUGUAAUAGUAAAUAUUGUCACUGCUGAAAUCAAAUCGUUUGUUCAGUGGCUCUUUGAGAUGUAAUGCUUUAAACUUAACCUCCUUUGGUGGAGAUUAUUCUGUGCAAAUACUAUGAAAUCCAGUGCUGGCUUGUUUAAAAUUAAAGAUAGGGAUUCAAUGAUCCAGCUUUCUCCCUCUCGGCUCAGGGUGCCCGCCAGCACCAAAUACUGAUCUGAUACCCACAUUUAAAAUCUGUACAGCCCACCAUGUGGUACUGUAAGGUAAAAUUAGACCAGAGAUUGCUGUGGUGGCAAGUCAGCUGCCCGCCAUGACUGAAUAAAUGAAACAGAAACACUAAAUUUGAAAAAGACAUUGACUGUUUUUAAAAUUGAUCAGUGACACUGCAGCUGAGUUUGUUGUUGCUGUUUGGGUCGGUGCAGAUUUGAUUCCAUUUGAACCAGCACCUUCUUUCCUUGCCUUGAAGUACUACUGUAUCACCCUUGUUUAAACCACAAAUCACUGUUGCCAUCUGUUGUCAGGGACACGCAACUACAACUGCCAGUCAUUGACGGCAAACAUCCUCUCAUUCACGGGCAGUGAGAUUACAGUACAUGAUACAUGGUUCACUCUGUCCACAGCUCUUAUUUUAACAACAGCAACACAAAAUUGUGUGGUUUGGAUUUAAUCUGAAUGACUAUUAGACUAUCUAUGACUAUUGAUGACACCAGCACAAACCCAGUUUCUGCAGUGAGAGCCAUUUAUGUUCCUUUUAAGAUUUUUGACUCCCCCUCCCCCAACUUUGCACAAAAAUGCAGGUUUAGAUGUAUUAUUUUUAUGUUUUUUUCUAGUUGAUUAUUUGGGGUAUUUUUUUGUAUUUUGUAUUGUUAUUAUAACUUCUUGUGUUAAUGUGCAAAUGCAUCAGAGCGUGAAUGCUGAUGAGUAAACAUGCAGUAAGUGUGUACUGUGUCGUAUCGCCACCUCUGAUUGACAAAAACCAAAACUUCUUCACUUUAACAUUGAAAAAAACUAAAGAGAUAUAUAAAGAGAGUGUAUAUUCAAAAUAUUUGAGGGACCGGGGAUGAAAAAUAAAGGCAAUAACCAACCAGGAGGGAUUCUCUUAAUUUUAAUACUAAUGUGAAAGGAAAUAGUGUCAAAAUCUAUUAGACCAGAACAUGUCACAUACAUUAAGAUAAUUAUCUCCUGGAGUGUGGGAUCUUGACGUGUUAAACUGUGUUGAUAUGAAAAUGUGCUCUUCUGUAUUUAUCCUAACCCCAGUGCUUCAAGCAUCUUUUUUCCCCAAUAUUGUGGGCUCAUGUUUAAUUGCUUGGAAGCCUCUCAAUUAAUCCAAAAAUACACCUAGGAUUGGGGUGAACAUCGCUCAGUAAUUUAAAUCUUAUGAGCCUAAGCAAGUGGAUGAGAGCCCACAGUAUGUUGACCAACAGUGAUCAUUAUACAGCUUUAAUUUUGUGUUUACGUACAUUCUGAUGCUGAAAGACGGUUAAAGGACGUGGUGACAACGAGACGGAGCACAUAUAGUCACACAACAUAAUGUUCUCUGAUAUUGAACACUGGGUGUUUUUUGUGGAAGGAAAAACCAGUGGUGUGUGUGAUCUAAUAAUGCGAGGAAAUAUGGUUAUUGUGUUCCAAAAUAAAUUAUUUUCUCAAAAGAAAA